GUUUGCCACUGGAAUUGCAGCAGGAAGGUUCUGUAUUUGAUGGGUGUAUUCAAAACAAGAACAAGUUCUAAAUGGGUGGGGGAUCAACCUUUGAAAAUUUAUUUCCAAGAUUGUUUGCUUUGGCUACAAGUAGGGAGGGGCUGUUGAAGGAUAUGGGUUUUUGGAGAGAUGAGAGUUGGGUAUGGGAGUGUAAGUGGCGAUGUGGAUGUGUAGGGAGGGCGGCAGGAGAAGAAGAACAGCUUCGGGAGAUGCUUAAUGGGAUUAAGGUGAGGGUGAAUGGUGUGGAUUCUUGGAGAUGGGUGCAUAGUACUGAUGGUUCUUACUCGGUUAAGGUGGCAUAUGAGUUUUUAACACUGAAAACUUGUUUCUUUUUUAUGAGAAAUGGACUAAGGAUGGAGAGCACUCGAGUUUCAGCUAGGAGCGCGGCAGCCAGGAAAGACAGCGGCUAUAGACAGCGACAAGGAUUCAGGAACAAGUUUGCAGAGUACAGUUCUCAGUUUUCUGGAUGGUCUUCGAACUUCUUCUUUUAUAACUUCCCAGAAGAAUUAGAGGCAAAAUUCCUCUGGAACAGAUUUCAGAAGUAUGGUAAAGUAGUGGAUGUGUAUAUUCCGAGGAAACGUGAUAAAAGAGGGAAGAGGUAUGGCUUUGUGCGACUAACAGGGGUCAAGAACGAGAUUCAAAUGGAGAGGAGGCUGAAUGAGAUUUGGAUAGGUUCGUAUAAGAUGAGAGUGAAGCUGGCAAAUGACAGACAUAGGAAGCCUUCAUCGGAUAGAAAGAUACAAGGUGCGCCUAAAGUCAGUGGAUCAAAUAGCAUCAUGAAUAGGCUGGUUCAACCAGGACAGACAUAUGCUCAGGCAGUGAAGGGCCAAGGAAAGAGAGUGGAUAAGGCUCCAGAUCAAUCACAGGAAAAGGAAGAAAAAGGAACACCGAAAAUGGAAGUUGUCAAAACAAGAGAUCAGGAGAAUAAGGAAGCAGAAAAAACAGAGAAGAUUGUUGAAUACAUCCCAUCGGGUGAUGAGCUGAAAUGGCUUGAAGGUGGCAUGGUGGCAGUGAUGAGGUCAAUGGAGGCGAUAUCUGUGAUUCAAGAACAAAUGGAUGCAGAUGGAGGAUUAAUCUCGUUGUCACCAAUUGGGGGAAUGCGGGUACUAUUAACUGAGAAAGUUUCAGGGUUCAUAGCUGAUUAUAAGAAGCAGAAUGAGGAGUUGUUUGGCAUGUGGUUUGAGUCGAUAACACCAUGGGAGAAGGCUCCAGAGGAGAAAAGCAGAUUGAAGUGGGUACGCAUAUCGGGUGUGCCAUUAAGAGCAUGGGAAGAGAGGUGUUUUCAGUUGAUCGGUGAGACAAUCGGAGAAGUUGUGUUGGUGCACGAGGACACAAAGAAAAAAACAAUUCUAUGGGAUGGAAGAGUCCUGAUCCUGUGUUCGGAGGCGAGUAAAAUAUGCAAUCAAGUGAAGCUGAAGGUGGGUGAACAGGUGUAUGAAAUAGAAAUAGUUGAAGAGGAGUGGCGCAAUGAUCCGGACUGGUGGUUAUCGGAGAAUGGCCGGAGAAGCGACCUGGAAACGGAGUCUAAUUUCUCAAACUCGUGGUGUCAAAACGAGGAUCCGGAAAUGGAUUUGGAUGUGAUUGGCGAAGGUGAGGAAGUAAGAAAUGAUUCAGAGCAUUUAAUGAAGGAUUUGGUGUCUAAUUCAAAUUUGAAGACAGUAACGGAAACAGAGAGUGGUUUUCAAAUGGUGCAAGAGACGGAUUUAGAAGGAGAUAUAAACUGUGGGCUGCCCAAGGAGACUGGGCCACAAAGAGUGAGCUCGGAUGGGCCUAUAGAAGACAGUGGGCCGAUCAUCAGGAUGGAAGGGGGUAAAACAAAGGAAAUGAAUUUGGAAGAACCACGUUUAGAGGCACAAAUAGUGGUGGACCCAACGACAACGCAGAAACCGGAAAACACAACAAAGUGGAGCAAAAAACAGAGGCGGCUGCAAGAAUGCUACCCGGAGAGCAUGGAGCAGAUCUGGGUAAAAGGAGCUCCGUGGGUAACACCCAGAACAAAGCAACGUCUGGCGCGGAGAGAGGGAACCCGCCAAGCCGAAGAUGACAAGGUACAUGAUGCUAUGGCUGUUUCUAUUUCAAAUGGGUGUAUUGAAAAUAGAAAUAGGGUGUUACAGAGGGAGAUGGAUAUGCAUGAGGUGCGUCGGUUGAUGGGGGUGGGGAAGAGAUUGGGUCUUAUUUUCGAGAAUAAUGAGGAGGAGAUUCAAUCAAAAUUGCUAGAGGCAGUAGAUCAAGAAGGGGUGGAGAGGGGGGCCGCGAUAGGAAGGGGCUUGGGUGGGAUGUUGAAAAAGAAGGAAGUGAGAAGGCUGGUUCAAGAAGAGAAGCCAGAUUUUCUCUUCCUGCAGGAAACAAAGUUAGAAAAAGUGGAUGUAGGUAUCUGUAGACAACUGUGGUAUUCGGAUGAGGUUGAUUGGGUUGCAAAGGGAUCUUCUGGAGCGUCAGGUGGGUUACUUUGUUUGUGGGAUAGUCGACAAUUUGUUAAGACGGAAGAUUUUUCUGGUGAUGGUUUCGUGGGAUUGGCAGGGGAAUGGGGAGCAAUUAAAAAGCAAUAUUUUUUAAUUAACGUCUAUGGUUCAAAUGAUAGACAGAGGAAGGCUAGUCUAUGGGAGGAAUUGAGGAAAUUGGUGACAGAAAAGGAAGGAUGUUGGUUGAUAGCAGGGGAUUUUAAUGCUGUCAGAGGACCUGAGGAGAGACGAGGUAGAUCAGGAGAAAGCCCAGACAUGAAGGAUUUCGACGAGUUUAUUGUGACAUCUGAUUUGGUGGAUGUUAAACUGUCGAAUAGAAAGUAUACAUGGUACAAGCCAGAUGGUACAACAAGGAGUAGAUUGGACAGAUUCCUUUUGAGCACGGAGAUGAGUAAUACGGAGGGAGAGUGGAUACAACAAGGAUUGCCAAGGAAUAUAUCUGACCACUGUGCUAUUGUGUUGAAGUCCAGAACAUCAGAUUGGGGACCAAAACCCUUUCGGGUCUGGGAUGCAUGGCAACAACACCCCGAUUUUAAGAAGUUCGUAGAGGAUAAAUGGAGUGAGUUGACGGUGGAGGGUUUUGCUGGGUAUAAGUGCCAGCAAAAGUUGAAAUUGCUAAAAGGUUUUUUAAAGGACUGGAACAAGGAAGUCUUUGGGAAUAUGGAAACUCAGUAUGAGAUAGCUGUUAAAAAAAUUGAGCAAGUUGAUAGGCAGAACGAGAUAUCUGAUCUGGAAGAGGCUGAGAUAGUGAAAAGGCAGGAAGGUUUUUCUGAGAUGUGGGAUGUUUUGAGGAAAAAAGAAUUGAUAUGGAAGCAGAAAUCAAGGAGUAAAUGGGUACAUGAGGGAGAUGCAAAUACUCGUUUCUUUCAUAGAGUUGCAAAAGGUAGAAGAGCACAAAACAACAUUGCGGGCUUAAUGUGUGAUGGAGCAUGGAUUGAUGAGCCAGAUUUAGUAAAAAAUGAGAUAGCCAGAUAUUUUACAAGCUUGUUUCAAGGAGAACAAUGGAAUAGACCCAAGCUUGGGAAUAUUAAUUUUCAGCAGUUAUCCGAGGAGAAAAAAGAUUGGCUGGAAAGGCCAUUUUCAGUUGAAGAAAUUGAGGAAGGCUUAAGGAGCUGUGAAGGUUCAAAGGCACCAGGACCUGAUGGUUACAACUUCAAUUUCCUUAAAUAUGCGUGGCAAUGUAUAAAGGAGGACUUCAUCAACUUUUUUUCUGAAUUCCAUCGUAAUGGCAAACUGGUGAGGGGUCUUAAUUCUUCUUUUAUUGCUAUGAUUCCUAAAAAGUUGAAUGCCAUAGAACUAAAGGAUUAUAGACCCAUUAGCCUGUUAGGAUGUGUCUAUAAGUUAUUAGCGAAGGUGCUGGCUAAUAGAUUGAAGUCCGUGAUAUCAGAAAUUGUAAGUGAAACGCAAUCAGCCUUUGUGGGGGGACGACAGUUGGUAGAUAGUGUCCUGGUGCUAAAUGAAGUUGUGGAUGAGAUUAAGAAAAAGAAACAGCCAGCUUUUGUUUUUAAAGCAGAUUUCGAAAAGGCAUAUGACUCGGUAGAUUGGUCUUUCUUGGAUUGGAUGAUGGAAAGUUUUGGAUUUGGAAGGAAGUGGAGAGGAUGGAUCAUGGAAUGCCUUUCAACGGCCAGAGUAUCGGUUCUGGUAAACGGAAGCCCGACAAAGGAAUUUGAGGUGGGAAAAGGCUUGAGACAAGGUGAUCCUCUAUCUCCUUUUCUCUUCUUGUUGGUUGCGGAGGGGUUACAGUAUCUGGUACAGAGAGCUAUAAAGGAGGAUAUGAUGCAUGGGAUUGAGAUUGGAAAGAGAGGUCUGUCCGUAUCGCUGCUCCAGUUUGCUGAUGAUACAGUUAUUAUGGGUAGAGCGGAUGCGAAGAAUAUACGUACGGUGAAGGACAUCCUAAAAUGGUUCGAGCUUAUGUCGGGAUUGAGAAUUAAUUUCAGCAAGAGCAGUAUUUUUGGGUAUAAUGUGUCGGAGAAAUGGCUAAAAGGAUCAGCGGGCGUGUUACACUGCAGGGUUGGCCGACCACCCUUUCUUUAUCUGGGAUUGCCCGUAGACGGAAAAUCUGGAAACAAGAAAUUUUGGGAGCUGGUUGUAAAUAAAUUCCGAUCCAAACUCGCUGUCUGGAAGGCCGCUACUCUUUCUUUUGGAGGCCGCCUCGUCUUGCUAAACUCGGUACUCUCUGCACUUCCUAUUUUUUAUAUGUCUUUAUUUUCAUUACCUAAAUCUGUGCUUGCGGAAUUGACUAGAAUCCAAAGGUGUUUCUUAUGGGGCGGGGCAGAAUUAAAUAAGAAAAUUUCUUGGGUAAAAUGGGAUCAUGUAUGUCAAGCUAAGGUAAAAGGGGGUCUUGGGGUGCCUGAUUUACAAAGAAAAAACUGGGCAAUGUUAGGAAAAUGGUGGUAUAGGUUAGGCGACGGGGUCGAGAGCUUAUGGAAAAGGGUGGUGAGGGAGAAAUAUUAUGGUGGUAGGAGGGAGGUCGAUAUUACCUCGGUUGAGUGUUUCAAGAUAUCUAAGAUUUGGAGGGACAUUAUUAGGAUAGGAGGCCUUUCCCUCAAUCUUAGAAAUAUGUUGGUGGAGGGUUUCAAGUGGGAGGUGGGAGAAGGAAAUAGAGUGGUUUUUUGGGCGGAUAGAUGGAUGGGUGUAAAAAGCCUUAGAGACUUAUUUCCUAGGUUAUUUGCACUAGCUAUUAAGAAGGAAGGAAAGGUUUCCGAAAUGGGGUCUUGGGAAGAGGGGAGAUGGCGUUGGCGGCUGGAGUGGAGGAGGGGUACAUUAGGGCGUGAGAAAGAUGAGGAGGAGCUGUUGGAAAAGAUGCUGAAGGGUGUCAAUUUAAAGGAGGGGGCAGGGGAUGUUUGGAAGUGGAUGCAUGGGUUAGAUGGUAAAUAUGGGGUGAAGAUAGCGUAUGAUUUCUUAGCUUCUUCGGAGAGUGUCUUGGAGGACCAUUAUCAAGGGAUGAGUUUCGGGGAGAGGGAGAAUGCACCUCAAGCUAACAGGUUGUCAGUUGAUCCGAAGGGUCAGGUGCAUCAAACACUUUGAUUUUUUCCUUUUUUUUUGGAGAUAAUUAUCAAACAGUAAUUUUUUUUAGUAAUCAUGUAUGUUGUCUCAUUUUUCUUCCCACUCUACUUGCACAUGAGAUGAGACCCACGCAAUUGAUGAGAGUUUUCUUUCAAACUUCGAAGAUAACGUUUUCGCAUCGUUUUUCUUGUCCUAUUUUGGCACUUAAAACCCCAGCUCUAUUUUGGCACUUAAAAACUCAAGUUUCAAUCAAAAGAAUACUACCAA